UCGGUCCCGGGGCUCCGUGAAGGCUGCAGCCGCACCUGAAAACACGACACGAGUUUUAACCCUGAAGGAUGCUCCGGAUUAUUGCCGUGUUUCACUUUGUUUCCUCUCAGCGGCAGAGGACGGGAUACUUGUGAAACUUUGUUUUCAUCUUACUGAAGGAAUAAACCGACCUGAGAAGAAACGUCAAGUGGAUUUUAUGUAUCGGGCUCUGCGCGCAGAGAGAAACAUUUGAACUGUUGAAUUGUGAUUUUUGCUUUCAUACAUUUUCCAGGACUUCUUCUACCCUUUUUCACCGGCUGAGUCUGAUGAUGUCGGUUGUGACCCGUCAGGAGCAAACACAGCUAGUAAAAAUGUUACAGAGUCAUUAAAUUUAUUGGACGUUGACUGCCGGAGAUGAACUUUCUCCACAAUGAUUGAAGGAGAGCUGGUGAAUGAUUGACAGCAGAGACUCGCCCGCUGCUCUGCGGACUUUACUGGGAAGACUGGAUUUAUCGUCUGGAGUGCAGCUAAAGGUAGAGCAGACAAACUGGAUUUAACUAGCAGAAGAAGAAAGUUUUCAAGCAGGUUUGAGAGAUGAACUCAUGAAUUGAAAGAAACUCAUUUACACUUUAUUUGUCCUGUUUUAAUGACUCUAAGUUAAUAAUUCUAUAACUACUCUAAUACUAAUGAUCUAUAUGGCAUCUAUGGUGAGGCACGCGCUCCCGCGGCCCCUCGUGCUGCUGCUGCUGCUGCUGUUCUGGUGUCCUGGUCUCACGUUAGGAGCCUCCAAGGAUCUGGUCUGUGAGCCAAUCACUGUGCCCAUGUGCAGAGGCAUCGGCUACAACCUGACCUACAUGCCCAACCAGUUCAACCACGACACCCAGGAGGAGGUGGGGCUGGAGGUCCACCAGUUCUGGCCCCUGGUCCGGAUCCGCUGCUCUCCAGACCUGCUCUUCUUCCUGUGCAGCAUGUACACCCCAAUCUGCCUGCCUGAUUACCGCAAGCCUCUGCCUCCCUGCCGCUCAGUGUGUGAGAGGGCCAAACGCGGCUGCUCUCCUCUGAUGAGCCAGUACGGCUUCGAGUGGCCAGAGAGGAUGAACUGCGAGCAGCUGCCCAAGCUGGGCGACGAGGCCCUGUGCAUGGACCAGAACAGCAGCGAGACCACUACCCUGGCUCCUCCGUUCCCCAAGCCCACCCCUAAAGGCCGGACCAGACCCCCCAGCGCCCCUCAGUGUGACAGGGAAUGUCGCUGUCGAGACCCCCUGGUCCCCAUUAAGAGGGAGUCCCACUCUCUGUACGGCCGGGUCCACACCGGCCCUCUGCUCAACUGUGCCCAGCCCUGCCACCAGCCCUACUUCUCAGCCGACGAGCGCGCCUUCACCAGCUUCUGGGUGGGGCUUUGGUCAGUGUUGUGCUUCAUCUCCACCCUGACCACUGUCGCCACUUUCCUUAUUGACAUGGAGCGCUUCAAGUACCCAGAAAGGCCCAUCAUCUUCUUGGCUGCCUGCUACCUCUUCGUCUCUUUGGGUUACAUCAUCCGGUUGGUGGCAGGUCAUGAGCGGGUAGCGUGUGGCGCCAGCAGCAGCAGUGUUGGUGGUGACCAGCUGCACAUCCUUUACGACACCACUGGCCCCGCUCUCUGCACCCUCGUCUUCUUGUUGGUGUAUUUCUUUGGCAUGGCCAGCUCCAUCUGGUGGGUGGUGCUGUCCUUCACCUGGUUCCUGGCUGCAGGGAUGAAGUGGGGCAGCGAGGCCAUCGCAGGAUAUUCCCAGUAUUUCCACUUUGCUGCCUGGCUCAUCCCCAGCAUCAAGUCCAUUGUGGUUCUGGCUCUCAGCGCUGUGGACGGGGACCCUGUAGCUGGAAUCUGCUACGUGGGGAACCAGAGCCUGGAGAAUCUGAGGGGAUUCGUACUCGCUCCUCUCGUGGUUUACCUCUUCACCGGCACACUUUUCUUACUCGCCGGCUUCGUUUCGCUCUUCCGCAUCAGAAGCAUCAUCAAGCAAGGUGGCACCAAGACGGACAAACUGGAGCGACUGAUGAUUCGCAUUGGACUCUUUACGGUGCUGUACACCGUGCCCGCCACCAUCGUGGUGGCCUGCCUGGUGUAUGAGCAGCACUACCGGCCCGGCUGGGAGCGAGCCUUGGCCUGCUCCUGCCUGUCUGACCGCCAGCGCUCAGGACUGGGUCCAGAUUACGCCGUCUUCAUGCUCAAGUACUUCAUGUACUUGGUGGUGGGCAUCACCUCAGGAGUCUGGAUCUGGUCAGGAAAAACCCUGGAAUCCUGGAGGAGGUUUGUGGCUCGCUGCUGCCCCUGCUGGCCACAGAAAGCCACUGCUCCACCCUCCAUGUACAGCGAGGCCAGUACUGCUCUAACUGGACAUACUGGAAGUGGACUGACGCCAGGGAUCUACCACAAAGCUGCUCCGUCUCAUAUAUGAAUGAAGUGGACAGAUUAAAGAAGUGAUGCUCAUUCAGAGUGUAGUCAGCUCUCUGGAUGUUCUAAAAUGAAUCCAAGCAUCCAAACACCCAGAAUGUGAGUGUGAGUCGAAGGUGAACACCUGCAGGACUGUGUGAUCGUGUAUCAUCCUCCUCUGAAUGUCAGCUCUCAUAAAGACAAUAGUGACCAUAUGAGACACAAUGGACCAAAAGAUUUCGAGUGUGAAAAGGGAAAAUGAAACAAACAGGCUGGAUAAUAAGAAGAUAAGAGAGUCUGACCUUUGUGAUAACUGACUGCAACAAUUGAUUCUGCUUUUCUAAGCGGUACAACUGAAACAGUUGACCUCCACAGAGUUACACGGAUCCAUAAUGGAAUCCCAAAUACUUCUUCCUAUCUGAUUAUCCUGAGCACUGAGAGAGAAAAAACAUAUUUAUUUAUGUAUAUAUUGUAUACAUUUACUGUAAAAAAAAAAAAAAAAAAGAAGAAGAAAAUUAGGUGUAUAGUGUGAUAUGUUUAGUUUGUAACCAACCAAUGCCACUGCCACAAGCUAAGUGUAAGACGCCAGAGACGCCAGUGUAUAAACUUGUACAUAAAUGUGCUGUUUGAUGUGAAUGUGUGAGUGGUGUGUGUGUGUGUGUGUGUGUGUGUGUGGGAUUAUUGUUUAGGUUAUCUGAGACUAGGAAGUCAUAUGGUAAUCCAACAAAAACACCUUCAGUCUUUACACACCACAGUGACCUCCGAGCUCUGCUGUGAUGUCACACCUGAAGUCACUACAUGUCUCUUUGUGUAAAGUGAGCCGCACGGUGUUUCGUUUCUGUCAGUUUUGUUCAUGUUGUGUGUGUGAAUCGAACACACAGCGAUCAGGUUAAAGCUGCAGGAUGAGACUGACGUUGGCCUUUACCCCCAUCUGCUGGUUGACAGCGGAGCUGCUCACUUUAUGUCCACAUCAGGGUUUCUCAAACGACAACAGAUCUGCAGAAGACCGCAGACCCGCAAUUUAGUAAGAUUUUGCACCACAUCAUGGUUAAAUGUGUAGAAGUUGUGAAUGACAGGAUAGUAGUAGAUUAGACAUUCUUGAGGUUUUUUUUUUUUUAAUGAUUUCUACAUUUUGAGAAUUCUGCUGUGGAUUCUGACACCAAGUGAAGGUCUUCUGGAGGUCCGUGGACCUCAUUUUUGAGAAUCAUUGCUCCGUUUCUGCAAUGAUUUCUUACCAUGAACUCAGACAUGUGGCAGGUCACAGACUGAAAUGAACCGGCAACAAUUUUGACGAUCGAAUUUAGAAUUUCAGUGAUUUGAAUCAAUAGUUGACUGGUUCCAGCUUCUCACAUGUGAUGAUUUGCUGCUUUUCUCAGUUUUUCAUCAGUCGGUUGAAUCACUUUGAGGUUUGGACUGUUGAGUACAAGCUAUCUGAGAACGCCUCUUUGGGUUGUGGCACAACGGUACAGACAGUCCUAGAUGUCUUGUGUGAUAAAGACUUUUAGGACUGCAUCAAAUGUAUUAUUUUUUACCUAUUAUGUCUUUUUUUAUACAUUCUCAUUUAAGUGACUUAAAGCCUGAUUUAUUGUUUCCCUUCACUGAAAACAGCACUGAAAUAUUUAGCCUAGUGUUUAAAAAAGAAAAUAAUUCUUAUAAUUUUAAACAUAUUCA